GCCUCCCGGGGCCCGCCGCCGACCCCGGCCGCCGCCCCCGCACGCCGCGCCCGCGCCCCCGCACCGCCCCGGAGUUUCUGCAUGACUGUCACAAAGAUGUCCUGGCGUCCGCAAUACCGCAGCUCCAAGUUCCGGAACGUCUACGGGAAGGUGGCCAACCGGGAGCACUGCUUCGACGGGAUCCCCAUCACCAAGAAUGUGCAUGAUAACCAUUUUUGUGCCGUCAACGCCCGCUUCCUGGCCAUUGUCACUGAGAGCGCGGGAGGCGGCUCCUUCCUCGUCAUCCCCCUGGAACAGACGGGCAGGAUUGAACCCAACUACCCCAAGGUCUGUGGUCACCAGGGCAACGUGCUGGACAUCAAGUGGAACCCCUUCAUCGACAACAUCAUUGCCUCGUGCUCGGAGGACACGUCGGUGCGGAUCUGGGAGAUCCCCGAGGGCGGGCUGAAGCGGAACAUGACGGAGGCUCUUCUGGAGCUGCAUGGGCACAGCCGGCGCGUGGGGCUGGUCGAGUGGCACCCUACCACCAACAACAUCCUGUUCAGUGCUGGCUACGACUACAAGGUCCUCAUCUGGAACCUGGACGUGGGCGAACCGGUGAAGAUGAUAGACUGCCACUCGGACGUGAUCCUCUGCAUGUCCUUCAACACUGACGGCAGCCUGCUUACCACCACGUGCAAGGACAAGAAACUGCGUGUGAUCGAGCCCCGCUCCGGCCGCGUUCUGCAGGAGGCGAACUGCAAAAACCACAGAGUGAACCGGGUGGUCUUCCUGGGAAACAUGAAGCGGCUUCUCACGACGGGGGUCUCCAGGUGGAACACGAGACAGAUCGCCCUCUGGGACCAGGAGGACCUGUCCAUGCCCCUGAUCGAGGAGGAAAUCGAUGGGCUCUCCGGCCUCCUGUUCCCCUUCUACGACGCCGACACACACAUGCUCUACCUGGCUGGAAAGGGAGAUGGAAACAUCAGAUACUACGAGAUCAGCACCGAGAAGCCCUACCUGAGUUACCUCAUGGAGUUCCGCUCCCCAGCCCCGCAGAAAGGCCUCGGGGUUAUGCCCAAGCACGGGCUGGAUGUGUCUGCCUGCGAGGUGUUCCGAUUCUACAAGCUGGUGACUCUCAAGGGCCUGAUUGAGCCUAUCUCCAUGAUCGUGCCCCGGAGGUCGGAUUCCUACCAGGAAGACAUUUACCCCAUGACGCCGGGCACAGAGCCAGCCCUGACCCCCGAUGAGUGGCUGGGAGGCAUCAACCGAGAUCCUGUGCUGAUGUCUUUGAAAGAAGGCUAUAAGAAGUCCCCCAAAAUGGUAUUCAAGGCUCCCAUCAAAGAAAAGAAGAGCGUUGUGGUCAACGGAAUAGAUUUAUUAGAAAAUGUCCCACCCAGGACAGAGAAUGAGCUCCUCCGGAUGUUCUUCCGGCAGCAGGAUGAGAUUCGGAGGUUGAAGGAGGAGCUGGCCCAGAAGGACAUCCGCAUUCGGCAGCUGCAGCUGGAGCUGAAAAACUUGCGCAACAGCCCCAAGAACUGUUAGCUCCCCGGCCGGGCUGCUUUCUAAGCCGAUCUCUCCGUUGUUUCUACUCGUCCCUUCACUUCCCAUUCUCCGGUGACCCCAGAGACAGAACCAGGACUGGAGCUGGGGGAGUGCCUGAGGACCCCACCUGCCACCUCAAGAACUGGAAGCUGACCUUUGACCUGUCGACCUCACGCUAACAACAGCCCCCAGCCUCUCCCGGAGACCCAGGCCGGCAGCCCCUUCCCCUGCCACCCCAGGAGCCUCGGCUUCCCCUUGGCUGGCAAAGACCUCGGACUCCCCGAGGGGUGCCCUCAAUGGACCAGGGAGCGGAGGGGGAAGCCAGGACCCCAGGAGACUUAGAGGUUGAACUUUUCCCCUGCAAAGGGGGCUGCCAGGACAUCUCCGUGCUCCCUGCUGGGGCUCACAGUGGCCCUGAUGGACGCACAGUAAGGGCUGGAUUGCCGGCAUCAGCUGUUCUCCCUCCCAUCCCCCACCUCUCCCC